AUGAAUGAAGUUGAAAGCAUCAAAAUCAGCAGUUGGGUGUGGUUUUCCGGGGAGGUGUUUGGGUUCAUUGCGGGAAAAUCAGCAGCCAGCGACGUUGACGAAAGCGCCAGCGAUGUCGAUAACAAUUUCGGGUCUCCGAUCUAUGGGGAGUUUAUGGGAAGUCGCGGCCGCUCAUCUGGUGCAUUUCUGGAAAACGGCUUCUGUACGUCUAGCACGGUCGAUAAUGGAAAGGGCUCUCAAGAAAAACCAGGUUUACUAGUAAUGGCAAUGUCUGAAAUUCUUUCAAAAGCAAUGGAUUUUGGGAAGUCAGUUUCUGUAUCUCUCUAUGAGAUGAUAGAAGACCAUGCUUAUGAUCUUUUGGAUCCUAAACAUAUCGAGGUUCAAAUACUGGAAGGUCCUCAGGGCAAAAUCCAUCUUAAAGGACUUUCUCAGGCAAGCAAAUAUGAUUCUCAGAUAAAAACAAAGUUUUCUACUGUAGAGGAUUUAGCGUGUAGUUUUGAUAUUAUAUCUACUUAUGGCUAUAAAGAUCCUAGAAGAAAUAUUAAAGAUGGAACCAUAUUUACUGAGAGUAACAGGACUAAUAAGUCACUAUAUACCAUGUUGAAUGUAGUCUAUGCCCUUAACACCGAUGAGAAACAUCUGCCAUAUCGGGAAAGCAAACUAACUCGAAUAUUGCAAGAAUCCCUUGGAGGAAAAAGUCCAUGUUUUGAUGCUUACAUGCUUGAAUCCUUCCUUUUGCCAAGACUCUGUUUGCUCAUUAAGUUUAGUUUCUCUAUCACGCCGAAAUGCCAAGCAAGUGUUGAUAGAAUCCACAAACAGAAGUCGAAGUUCAGCAGCCAAAGUGAACGCUCCUUCAUCAAUAAAAAGUGGGAAGACGCCGUCUACGUCCUCGAUCAUGUAAAAACAGAUUGCUUCAAGUGUGCUCCUGUCGAAAAAGAAGGAUAG